AUGUCUAAAUUAACUGUUACGAAUUUCACCAAGAGAACUGGAAGCCCUUUUCAAAAAGGCAAAGAAUCACCUACAGAAACAAAGAUUAUCCACGAAGAAGUCAUAGAGAAAAGUGCCUUUGAAAAACAGAAGGAGAAACAAAAUGAAUUGUUGCAGAAAGUGAAUAAAAAAACUUCGGAGUAUCAAGCCAGUAAACCGAGUUCUGGUGUUUUUACUGAAGUUGUGACUCACGGCGCUUUUACGUCGAAGACAGUUAAUAAGCCUCAGAAAGUAGAAAGUCCCCCUCCGCCAAAAACUUAUGCAUCGAACGGAUCUAAGUCGUUCCUCGGUUUCCCAUCGUCGGCUAAUGACUUAGCUCUUGAUGCAAAAUCUGAUCUAGAGUCCGAUUCAAACAUAUCAACAGAGGUAAAGGAAAAAGUUAUUCAGAAGCUAUUUGCGCUCGUUUCAAUGGUACAACACGUUUACGAGUCAAAAGUGAGAAUUAUGACGGAAUUCGAGAAAUAUAAGGAUAUUCACACAAGAAAUGAGAUAAGAAGAGAAAAGGAGCAUUCCGAACAGUUGUAUAAAUUAAAUAUGAGUUUCCAAAAUGAGGUUGUGCAAUCAAUACAGAGGCUUAAAAGUGAAUUAGAUAUUUCUAGGAACGUUAGCAUAAAUGUAGAAGAAAGUAGCAGUGCACAUAGUUUGAAAGACACUUCAAUCGACUUUAACACUACAGAUGAAAAUAAAGAAACUGAUAGUGAUGAUAAGGGUUUUGAUACGGUUGAAGGAAGUGGAACAACAAAUGUUGACAAUAAUUGCGAACGUGAGGGUUAUAAUACAAGUGCGUUUUGCAAUAGAGGGAUGAUACCACUACAUUAUAGUGUCCUACUAACGCUGGUGUGGUUAGUCAUAAUUGACGCUGCACCUGAGUGUAAAACUUUCAAUGAAAAGAACGUCGUGUGCACCGCCGGGAGAGAAGACUAUGAGCUAGUGAGAGGCCUCAUAUCUGAUAAUAACAAAACGACUGGCAUCACACUUCGGUCUUGUAGAAUUAUUGAUGUCGAAUAUGAAUCUUUCAACGAUCUCAAUUCUCUUACAUACUUAGAUUUGUCUUUAAACAAGAUCUCCAGACUAAAACUGGGCGUUUUAGAUGAGCCAAAACAACUUACACACCUAAACCUCUCCUACAAUAUGCUCACUGCAUUCCCUCUGGGUCUUUUUGAUCAGACAACCAAUAUAGAUCAUUUAGAUUUGAAAGGAAAUAAAAUAAAUAAUCUAGAAUUGGGAAUAUUUGACCUAUUGCCAAAGUUGAAGUUUGUAGAUUUGUCAAGCAAUGAUCUCAAAGGAAAAAAUCUGAAUCCUUAUAUUUUUGACCAAAGUCCACAUAUUACAUUUAUCGAUUUUUCUAGAAACGAUAUGACAGAUGCACCAGAGAAUUUAUUACAUGCAUUUCAGUCUCUGGAGGUCCUCAAUCUGGAUAGAACUUUUGUUAAAGAAAUGCCACAGUUUGCGACUAAACCUAAUCUAAGAACUCUAAAGCAGUUGAUAUUAUCCAUGAAUCAAAUAUCGGCGUUGGACAAUGCGGCUAUAUUUGUUAACAUGGAUAGUUUAGAAACAUUAGACCUGUCCCACAAUGAUAUUGGGAGCAUAAAUGGAGAUGUACUACAGCCACUAAAGAAUUUAAAAAAGAUUGUUUUAGGAAAUAACAAACUAAAAGUUAUACCAGACAAUCUCUUCAGAAAUAUGCCGAGACUUAUAACCAUACAUUUAUUAGGCAAUCAAAUUUCGGAUGUACCAGUGAACGCAUUCAGAGGUACACCAUUGAAGAAUUUGAAUUUAUCCAGUAAUAAAAUCACAUACCUAACGGAUAACUUCUGUUUAGAGAUUCAAAAUUCGGGGGGUCGUUUGAAGAAGUUUUUGUUCCAUCCGAAUCCUUGGCAGUGUGCUUGUUUAAAUGAUUUGAUCAAAGAAGUGAAAAGAUUAGGUAUUGAAUACAGCACUUCGAAAUAUAAUGGGAAAGAACCGGUUUGUGUGACAACUGAAGAGUUUAACUGUAAAAGACACCAAUCGUUCAAUGAUCGCUAUAUCGAUUUGUAUAAUGAAAUCAUUCGAAGAUAA